AUGGCAGGAGCAAACCCUGAAGGAAUUGCUUGGUUCCCUCGAAAUGCUUUGAAAUGCGACAACUUCGAUCCAGAUGACACCAAGCAGUUCUACAGCCAUAUUCUACUCGAAGUCGUCACCAACACUUAUGUCGAUGAGGGAUACUACGCCCCAAAUAUCGCUCAUCAGGACCUUGCGCGCCUAAGCAAGCAAACUCUCCAUAAACCUUUACGAAAGACCUACGUUCGAUACAAGUACAUGAAUGCUAUGGCCGGCAGUAUUUGCAACAACAGUAAACGACAAGAUACCAUCGGAGGAGAUGAUGACUUCUAUGCCAUAAGUGAUCAGAGUGGAAAGACGAUGGUUGGGCUUUGGCCAGUCCUUAUUCCCACGCCCGACGAACAGUUUCUAUGGGUAGAUUUGUCUUAUCCCUUGCGAUGUAUCUACAUCCCUUUAUGUCAAGAAGCGCACAAAAAGUAUCCUGAUCGAUGCACUUACACUCGGGUGGCAUUGCGUCUUGGAAGUCCAACCCUAAAGACCUACCAUCGUAUCCAGCUCGACCAGGAGAAACUUGUACAAGGGAAGUAUAAUCUCGUCAACGGUGAACAAGACUAUGCUAAACAGAUUGAUUCACUUGCGAAAGGAGAUCUUGGUGAUUCAAUUAAAUUUCGUGAGAGCCACAUACCUGCAUCAGAGCCUGGUGUUUUUGGCGCCGAGAAAAAGAGAGAACAAGGAAUUUACGGCGAUGACUUUGUGGUAGAUACUCGGUUUGACAUUAAGUCUUUGGCGGCACUUCUUGCAAUUCCAGCUGAAUUACGGAAAGAGGAGUUUCAAGAUCCUUAUCAAUUCAUCGUCCUUUUCGAUUCCACGUCCGUCAAUGCAAAGGCUCAAUCUGCAACGAGAUGGAUGAACGAAUCAGGAGUCAUCCAGUAUGAUAAACUACUCAGCAAGCAAUAUGGCACCACUGUUACAUAUCAAGGGAAUGGAUAUGAUCCCGAUUGGAUCGCCAAGUUAUUGUCGGGAAUUCUGGCGGUGGGCCUUAGCUGUAUUCCGAUGAUUGGACCGUUGGUUGCUCUGGGCUCUCAAUUGAUCACUGAUGCUAUUCUAGAUCCAGAAUCGUUUACGACUGCACAGGGACUUGUUGGUAAAAUACCGAAUAUUACUACAGCUAUGGUUGCUACUUCGCAAAACACGAGGGGCUUCCUCAACGAAAUGAAAUCCGGGAAAUCGGGAGGAACUCGGCAUGUGUUGCCUUUGGAGGGUGAUGACAAGCAGGGUAGAUCAAUUCAAGUUGGCCCGGAUGCGAAUGAUAGGGGUGCGGGUGGAUCGAAUAAGCAAAAUGAAGAUACGUUGAUUGAUCCGGAUCGCUUUGAGAUAUUUAAUGAUGAGCCUGAGCCUGAGCAGAGUGAUAAAAAGGAUAAUCCAGAAAGUAAGAACGAUAAUGGUGAAGAGGGAGUUGGAGGAGAAGAGGGUAAGGAAAAUGAUGGGAAGGAAGGGAGUGUAGAUGAUGGAGAUGGGACUCCUGAAGAUGGUGCCGAGGAUGAUUCAAGCGGCCAGGAUGGUCAGGGGGAUGAGAAUGACGAUAAUAGUGGAGAAAUAGAGGGAGGAGGGGCUAAGGAGGGAGAUGGGGUAGAAGGGGUAGAAGGGAGUGAAGGAGGUGAAGCUGGGAGUGGUGCGGGCAAUGGAGACAGUGCGAAAGAUGAGGGUGGAAACGAGAAUAGUCAGGAGGGAGAAGGGACGGAUGGAGCUGGGGCUUCUGAUAAUGAGUCGGAGGAUGACCAAAGGAGCAAAAACAAUCAAGAGGUGGAGCUUAAUGAUGGUGAUGUGGACGAAGAGGGGGAAGGGAGUAACAAUGGUGAUGAGGAUAAGGGAGACGGAGCUCAGAAUGAUUCGAACAGCGGCGACAAGGAAGAAGUUGAGGGUGAAUAUGGGGAGGGAAAUGACCCGAAAAGCGAGAAUAGCCAGGAGGGACAAACUAAUAUUGAUGGAGGAGAAGAAUAUAGGGAGGGAGAAGGUAAGGUCGAGAAUGCCUCGGACAAUGAGGAUAAUAACAAGGGGGACGAGACUGAGAAUUUUUCGGACGGCGGAAAUAACGAAAAGGAUGAGAGUGGAGAAGCUGAUCAAGAGAAUCAAGGAGGGGGCUCAAAUGGUGACGGGAGUGAGAACGAUCAAGAGGAUGGUGAUAAGAAAGGUGAAAUAGAAGGAAGUAAGGAGGGAUGCGUAGAAGAUGGGGAUGAAGGGGAGAACAGCCCACAAAUUGAAAGUGAUGACCACGACGGCAAAGAAGGUAGCGAUAUUGAAAAGGAGGAAGAAGGAGAGGAGAAAGAAGGAGGGAAAGAUCAAGAGGAGGGUGAAAAAGAGGGAAAUGAUCAAGAAGAGAACGAAGGAGAAAAAGAUAAAGGGGGAGGAGAAGCAGAGGAAGAUCAGAAGGGGGAUGAUCAAGAGGGGAGUGACAAAGAGGGAAAUGACCAGGAGGGGAACGAAGGAGAGAAAGACCAAGAGGGGAAAGAAGUAGAGGAAGAUCAGAAGGGGGAUAACGACGAGGGAAAUGAUCAAGAGGGGAACGAAGGAGUGAAAGACCAAAAGGGAAAUGAUGAAGAGGGUCAAGGAGAGAGGGAUAAUAAAGGGGGGGAUGACCAAGAGAGGGAGGGCAAAGAGGGAAAUGAUCAAGGGAACCAAAAAGAUGACAAUCAAGAGGGGAACGAUCAAGAGAAGGAUCAAGAGGAAAAUAAGGAGGGUAGCAAAAAUGGGAACGAAGGAGAGAAUGAUCAAGUGGGGAACGAUGAGGAGGGAAACGAUCAAGAGGGAAAUGAUGAAGAAACUCAAGGAGAGGGGGAUAAGGAGGAAUCAGAUGAUCAAGAGGCAAAUGAUCCAAAAGGAAACGAGGAAGAAAGCGACCCACAAGGAGGCAAAGAGGAGGGUCAAGAAGAAGCUGGAGAUAAAAAUGAUUCAGGAGAUCAAGCAAAGGGCGAUAGGGAAGAGGGCAGUAAGGGUGGAAAUGAUCAAGAGGGAAACGAAGCAGAUGGAAAUGAGGGAGAGGGUGAUCAUAAGGGAGAAGAUAAUCAGGAGGGUCAAGAAAAAGACGAUCAAGAAACAAAUGAUGAGGGGAAUAGCAAUGCGGGAACUGAAGGUGAAAAUGAUACAAAAGACGAAAGAGAAGACGACCAACAAGGAGAUGCAGAGGGUAAUACUGAAGACACGGGCGAAGGAGGAGCUGCUACUGGAGGGGAAGAUGAACAGGAAAACGAUCAUGGGGGAGAAGAAGGUGGAGAAAAUGAAGAAAGGGGAGAAAACGAUAACGAGAAAAACGAUCAAGGUUCCCAACAAAAUAAUGAAGAAAACAAACAAGAUGAUCGGAACAAGAAAGGAAAGAAAAAGCCAGACCAAGUAAACAAUGUGGAGGAUUCGUCACAAGAUCAAGAUCAAAGUCAAGACCAAAACAAAGAUCAAACUAAUAAUGUCGAGGACUCGGUACCACUAGCGCAGGAUGAAGAUGAAAAUCAGGGCGCCGGAAAUGUUGCAGGCGAGGACGAUGCACCCUUCAACAAGGCAGAACAAGAUGAUAUAGAGCAAGCUAAUCAAGGUGGAAACGACGUAGGUGGCGAUGAUGCAAGCGGGAAUCCUGCAAGUGCAGGUACGGAUGGUACAGGCGGUGAUAAUGCAAAUACAGGUGGGGAUGAAGAUUAA